GGCCUGCCCCGACUACGUACGCGGCGCAUGCGCAGUGCGGUGCGUAAGGUGUCGGAAGUUGCGGCAGCAGCUCGCUGUGAUUUUUAGCUCGGGAGCAAACGAGCAAGAAAAGUUUGUUUUUAGCCGUAGAAAGAGUUUUGGGACGGACCUUUUCAGCCCGCAGUGAACCACUAAGGACCGCAGAUGGAUUCUGACUGGUUUAGAUUGAUGCUUGUUUGUAAAGAGAAACCUUAGGUGCGUUUUAAACGAGUUGUGAUUGUUUUUUUUGGCGCUCCAGCGGCGCAGAGGAAACAUGGAGGAUCUCCUGUUGUAGCAGCCGCUAGCUUUAGCUGAACGCCUGGAUUUACGGACAGACUUGAGGUGCUCCUCCAUCUGGAUGCCCCAAAGGUUUGGAUGCUGGAAAUCACCCCUCUAACCAAGCCUGAGCUGCGAUUCCUCCCUGCAGACCCACUGUAGCUCUGAGGAUGGAAGCAGAGCUGCCGGAGGCUGGAUCUAGACAUCAGAUGGUGCUCUGAAGAAGCCAUGGGUAGCUGUUUAAGCUGUCCAGAGAAAGAGUCAGUUCCAGAUAAUCAUCAGAGUAAAUUCAAGGUGAUUAAUGUUGACGAUGAUGGAAACGAGCUGGGCUCAGGUGUCAUGGAGCUGACCGAAUCAGAACUCGUCCUUCACACCCAUCGCCGCGAUGAUGUCAGGUGGCCAUACCUGUGUCUGCGACGUUACGGCUAUGACUCCAACCUGUUCUCAUUUGAGAGUGGCCGGCGCUGCCAGACAGGCCAAGGUAUUUUUGCCUUCAAAUGUUCUCGAGCUGAAGAAAUUUUCAACAUGCUGCAGGAGGUGAUGCACAAUCACAGCAUCAGUGUGGUGGAGGAGGCAGUGGUGGACCCCAAUCAGCAGGGGGCGCUCACACCUGCAGCACUGGGAUACUCUGUACCAACGGUGCCUAAUGGGGUGAGUCGGCUGCCCUCUGUGGGUGAGGCCCCAUCCCACCCAUCCACUCGUCACCCCUCAGUGGCCAGCACCCGCUUACCUUCUGUGGGGGAGGAAUCCACGCACCUGCUCUUGGUAGCCGACGAGGCGGUGCACACCUAUGUGAACACUACAGGACUCUUGGAGGACCAGCCCAGUCCGCUAACAGUCACCACCCCCCUGGAGAGCCCUGCCUCCCCGCUUGCCAUGAGUCCUCCCACACCACCACCACCUCCUAGGAAUCAUGGGGAGUCAAGUGCCCAGCCAGAGCCCCAGGUGCUGCUGGAGCCUCAGGGGGUGCGCUUCGUGCUUGGGCCCACCCCUGUUCAGAAGCAACAGAUGGAGAAAAGGAGGCGGCAGGAGUUGCAAGAGGCUACCGAGCCCCGAGAAACUGAUGGCCCUACCCAGAUAUCUGCAGAGUCUGAGCCUCUGCCCACACACUCCCAUGACUCCUCCUUCAACCCGCCUACAGCUCCUCGUCACACCCGCCCACCCCCCCUGACCCCUGACCUGCAGAACGCUAACAACUCUGCACAACGACGCACUGCCCUGCUGGACUAUGAGAACCUGCCAGCGCUGCCUCCGGUUUGGGAGGUCAGGAAGCCGAGCAACGAAGAGGAGGAGAUUUCCGACGGCAGCCUGAAAACUCCAUCGCUCAACGGCUUUAACCACGCCCCCUACAGCUUGCUGCAUCACCCCUACUCCCACCCUCUGUCUGCUGCCCUCGAGUCUUCUCACAACUAUGUCAACACAGAGAACGUGACCGCGCCACUCAGCGCGCACCGGCCUGACACAGCCCGCCGUCGAGCGGAUUGCCCCACCAUUUUUAAUUUUGAAUUCCGCCGACCGCCUCUGCCGGGCCACAUGGAGCCGACUAAAACGCUCAACUACAUCGAGGUGGAGAUGGACAGCAGUGGUGGAAACAAAGGUGCCUCUGAUGGCAGCAACCCUCACACCCCCCGCACCCCCACCUCCCCGCUGCCCCCCACCACACCCACGCGGCGCACAGAACCCUAUGCGCUAAUCGACAUCGAGCGCACUGCCGCCAUGUCCAGUCUACAGAAGGCACGGCCGCGGGACGACGGCACGUCACGCAAGACGAGACACAACAGCACUGAGCUGCCAAGCAAGAGCGCAGCGUGAUGCGCAUGGAGCUGUGCACGGACUCCUCAGAUAGGAGAUGGAUCGUCUUGUAGUCUCACCUGUUCAGGUGAACUGGUACUUUAUACCUCUGAAGGUGAUGAUGUAACAGACUGCUUUCCUUAUAUGGUACACGUCAGUAUUACUGAACAAACAUUCCAGUUAUCUUUUUGUACGAGUCACUGUGCUGCUGUAAGAUGACACAUGUACAGUAGAGCUGACACAAUAAAGUCUGCUUCUAUUUGAA